AUGGUUAAACGUAAUACAACCAUUCCAACACAACAUACAAGAACCUUUACAACUUAUAACGACAAUCAAUCUAAUUUCGAAGUAAAAAUAUAUGAAGGAGAACGUUCAAUGACUAGUGAUAAUAAUUUACUUGGUAGCUUUGAACUUUCUGGUAUUUCACCAGCACCUCAUGGUGUGCCACAGAUUGAUGUUAUAUUCAAUAUUGAUGCAAUGGGUAUAUUAAAUGUAUCGGCUGUGGAUAAAUCUUCCAGAAGGGAAAACAAAACUACAGUUACAAAUGAUCAUGCACGAUUAUCUCAAGAUGAAAUUGGACAUAUGAUUCGUGAUGCUGAAAGAUUUCGAAAAGAAGAUGAAAUACAACGUAAUCGUAUUCAAGCUAAGAAUUCACUUGAAUCAUAUUGUUUUGAUAUGAAAACAAAAAUUAAUGAUGGACAAUUAAGAGAUAAAAUUGAUGCUAAUAAUAAAAAGAAGAUUAUCAAUACUAUUGAAUAUACAUUAAAAUGGAUUGAAUGUAAUCAAUUUGCAGAAAAAGAAGAGUUUGAGCAGAAAUUAAAAGAAGUUGAAGUAAUAUGUUUAUCAGUUAUUACUAAAUUUUGUGGCGGGAUGCCUUGGUGA